UUAUAGAUUUGAUGUCUCCCAACCAAGCAUGGAGAAUGGAGAGAUGAAGCGGAUAAUGGAGGUCUGGCUUACAGUCAUGGCGUCCCUCUGCUACUGCCGCUUCGUCUCUUCCAGAUUCAGCCCUGCCCGGCUCAGGCUCUUCUCUCUCCUCCCUGUCUUCACUCUCUUCUCCCUCCUCCCCCUCCGCCUCUCCGCCGCCUUCCCCACCGCCGUCACCGCUUUCCUCAUCACCUGGCUCGCCAACUUCAAGCUCCUCCUCUUCGCCUUCCACCUCGGCCCCCUCUCCUCCCUCCCCCCACUGCCUCUCCCCCUCUUCCUCUUCGCCGCCAUUCUCCCCAUCCGCGCCUCCCCCAACCCAUCCAAACCCAGAAAAACAACCCUCCCUCUCAAACUCAAUCUCGCGGCCGAAUCCGUCGCCUUCUCCGUCCUAAUGGCCGCCUUGCUUGAUUACAGGGAGAUUUUACAUCCCAAGAUCGUCUUGCUCCUUUACUGCUGCCUCGUCUUUCUGACAGUGGACAUUCUCGUGGCGGUUUCCAACGCCGCCGUGCGGGCGGCUGCAGGGUGGGAGCUGGAGCCGCCGUCGAAUGAACCCUACCUGGCGACGUCGCUGCAGGACUUCUGGGGGAGGCGGUGGAACCUCAUGGUGACGAAGACGCUGCGGGACACGGUGUACAGUCCCGUGCGGGCAGCGGCAGAGCAUGUGGUGGGGUUCCGGUGGGCGGCGCUGCCGGCGGUGCUGGCGGCGUUCGCGGUGUCGGGGCUGAUGCACGAGCUGCUGUUCUACUACGUGACGCGCGCGAGCCCCACGUGGGAGAUGACGGGGUUCUUCGCGCUGCACGGAGUGUGCGUGGUUGCAGAGUUCGGGCUGAAGCGGGCGGCGGCUGCUUCGGGGUGGCGGCUGCCGGCGGUGGUGUCGGUGGUGCUGACUCUGGGGUUCGUGGUGGCGACGAGCUUCUGGCUAUUCUUUCCGCCGCUGACGAGAGGCGGCGCCGACGCGAUGGUGAUUGGGGAGUUCGGGAUGUUUGUGGACUUUCUCAAGAGGAAGCUCACCUCCUCAUUCCUAAAAUUCUCUCGUAGAAAUUAAAUCCCAUGUUCGGUAACGACUUAUGUAGUGGUUGACUCCUAAAUCAAAUGUUUGAAUAAAUUGGUGUCUAUUUUAAUAUUAAAAUUUCAAUCUCAAUAAGAGUCCUUCAGACUCAUCUAUUUAUAGUUGGAUUUUGUUAUUUAUACAUAAAA